AUGCUAAAUGCAAAUUACUGUUACCUUCGUCUUCAACGAUGCAGCGGUAUUUUAAAUUUGAAAUCAAGGGAUGACGAAAAAUCCAGCAUGCGCUUAUUCUUUGUAGUGAAAGCGAUGCAGAUGAUCAAUUGUUUUGUAAUUAUUGCCCUUCUUCUUGGAACAUUUCAUCUGUGCGGUAAAACUUCUCUUGAUCGGAAAUUAUUCCUUAAAAACGCAUUAUCACCCAAUGAAAGGAAUUUUAAUCGUCGACAUCGUAAUAAAGUAGUGGUCUCAAACAAAUAUUCGGAAAACGAAACGACAGAAGCAUCGAAUAAUAGCAGAAACAACAGUGCUGCUACUGAUUAUGAUGAAAUGACUGCCUUCAGCGAAAUUUUUGAAAGCCGUAGUUGCCUCACAAUUGACACGAUGGAUCCAAGUUGCUUUGUAUGGCGGAAUUCAGGCAAUAAAUCACCAUGCCAAGCGAUAUCUGGAAUAACUUUUCCAAUCGCUGUCGUUUCACUUGACCUCAUGCAUCUAAUUUAUACAAUAAUAUCAGUCAGUCGCCGCAUUCUCCCUCCAUCCAAAGAAACAGAUUUCGUUCGAUGCGCCAUUCAUAUCCUACUGUGGUGCACUGCAAGUACUUCAACAGUAUAUUUGCUUUAUACCUGGGAGUAUGCCUGGAGAUACACAGAAUUUAAGGCUAAAAUUCCAAAGCAGUUCUACAUGGCUAUGUUGCCCGUGUUUCUUGAUCAGAUCAGCGCUUAA